AUGCCGGCGAUGAAAUGGACGAAGCAAAUCUCGCCGUCGCAGGUCCUGAAGAUGAUCCGGGCGGAGAGGGACACCAAGAAGGCGCAGCUCAUCUUCGACUCCGCCACCGGCGAGUACCCUUCAGGCUUCCGCCAUGACCGCCACACAUUUGGCCUGAUGAUCUCCCGGCUCGCGGCCGCGAACCAGCUGCCGCCGGCGGAGGCCCUCCUCUGCCGCAUGAAGGACGAGGGGUGCAGCCCCUCGGAGGAAGCUUUCCUCCCCAUCAUCGCCGCCUACGGCCGGAGUCACCGUCCCCUCGAUGCCCUCCGAGUCUUCCGCAAAAUGGAGCGGGAGUUCUCCUGCUCGCCGUCCCAUCGCUGCUGGGUCACCGUCUUUUCCAUCCUCGUGGAGACGAACCACCUGAAGAUGGCGCACGCCUUCUACAGACGCAUGAAGGAAGACGGAGCUCACAGCUCCACCGCCGCGUACAACGUGCUGGUGAGGGCCUUCUGCAAGAGCGGAGCCACCAUGGGCGCCGCCCUGGAGGUGUUCGGGAAAAUGGGCGAGAGAGGUUGUCCCCCGGAUGCCUACACCUACAGCACCCUGAUUAGCGGACUGUCCAAGUUGGGAAGAAUGGAGGAAGCCAUGGGGAUGUUCAGGGAGAUGGAGGAGAAGGGCUGCCCUCCCACUGUGGUCACCUACAGCUCUCUCAUUCACGGGCUCUGCCGCUGCGGGCGACUAGACGAGGCUGUGGAGAUCUUCUCCGCCAUGAGCUGCAAAGGGGUCGCCCCCAACGUGGUCACCUACAGCUCGCUCAUGGACGGCCUUUGCAAGGGCGGCCGAUCCGCAGAGGCUAUUCCCUUGCUGGAAAAGAUGACCAGCAGUCGACUCCAACCCAACGCAUUCACAUAUAGCACCUUAAUCGACGGACUCUGCAGGGAAGGGCUGCUCCAGGAAGCCAUGGCGACACUCGACAGGAUGACGCUGCACGGGAAGCGCCCAGAUGCUGGGCUCUACGGCAAGCUCAUUACGGGGCUCUGCGGCUGUUGCAGGUUCCAGGAGGCGGCGAACUUCCUCGACGAGAUGGCGCUAUGUGGGGUGGUGCCGAACAGGGUGACAUGGGCUCUGCAAGUGAGAAUCCACAAUGCAGUCGCAAGGGGGCUCUGCGCAGGGGAGGACCCUCGCAGGGCCUCGCAGGUCCACCGGAGGAUGAUGGCUCAGGGGAUCUCCACCGAACCAGAGACUUACAGAAUGCUCGUCGCCUGCCUCUGCAAGAAGGGGGAUUUCUUCAGAGCCGCCGGAGUUGUGGAGGAUAUGGCGGCAGAGGGCUGUGUGCCCGAUGGGAUCAUCUGGGCUGCCAUCGUGGGCGGGCUCUGGGAUCGGACCAAGAUGAGGGAAGCUGUGGAGCUGCUGCAGCACGAGUUGACGACAGAUCCUGGCCCAGUUCAGUUCAGGGGGAAGAUGAGAACUUUCCCAUCAGAUAGUGCAUAG